AUGGUUUCUUCACAAAAUAAAAAAAAGCCCAAUACUUCUGUGGCCAUCUUAUCACAAAUAUUUGACAGAUAUAAGGAUCCUCAAGAUGAAUCUGUAAUUAGCAUUGAUGGAACUAUGGCAUAUUUAGAUGAUUUGGGCAUUGACCCCGAUGACAUCUUGAGCUUGACAUUGGCAUACUUCUUGGAAAGUACUUCAAUGGGUAUUUUCUCUAGAGAAAAAUUCGUUAACAAUUGGAAUGACGUAAAUGUGUCGACGAUAAAAGGAAUGAAAGAUUUUAUAGAGCAGUAUAAUGAGAAUCAAAUCUUGAGUAAUGAAGAUAAUUUCAGAUAUUUUUAUGAUUUUGCAUUUGAUUAUGUUAAAGAAAAUAAGCAUCAAAAAGUAAUUGGGUAUGACUUGGCUGUUGAUUACUGGAAGUUAUUGCUUUCGAAGUCUAGAGCUUGGAAACCUUCUGAAGAGACUAAUAGAAGACUAGAUCAGUGGUAUGAUUUUAUCAUAAAUACAUACAAACGUAAUAUAUCGAAAGAUUCUUGGGAAAUGUUUUAUUUGUUCGUUAAAGAUAUUAUUUCUACAGAUCCAGUGCACUUUAAGGAUUAUGAUGAGAUGUCAGCUUGGCCCAGCAUAAUAGAUGAUUAUGUUGAAUACUUGCACGAAAGCAAAAAGCUCGAAGGAUAG